CGAGCUGGCUGUGGUGGCGGCGGCGACGGCCUCUUCGGCUGUGGUCGAGGCUGCGGCAGCGGCUCCUCCGUGAGUACCCUCUUCACCAGACGCUCCCGCCAGUCUCGCUCAGCCUUCCCUCGGGCUUUGGUGGAAUAUUUUUGCUGUCAUGGACCAGUAUGGAGAUAUGUCAGAAGGUGAAGUAGACCAUUCUUUCUUUGAUAGUGAUUUUGAUGGAGAAGAAAAGAAAUGUGGAAGCAGUAUUUCACCAGUUGAUAAGCAAUUUGACAAACUUGGGAAAAGAGAAGCAGAUGCAGAAAAUAUAGAUUUUAAAUUGGGUGUGCUUACGAAAGAAGAUCAUCUUACUGAGAAGAGAAAUGAAAGGAAAGAAAAAACACCUUCAGAAGAUCAUACCUUAGAAAACUGUACUGGAAAAUCUUCAUCCUCAUCAAGUUCAGGAUCAAAGAAUGUAUGUAGUACUUCAACAACUGGAAAAAUACAUUUAACCAUUCCAACUAGAAUCCCUAAAAUAGUAAGAGAAGGAGAAGAUGAUUACUAUACAGAUGGAGAAGAGAGUAGUGAUGAUGGGAAAAGACAUCGAAUUAGACCCAAGUCAGCUAAACCAUCUAAUAAUUUUAAAAAGUCCACAAGUAAAAAAUAUAACAAAAUCAGUUCUUCCUCCUCCUCUUCCUCUUCUUCCUCUUCUUCUUCUUCAUCUUCCUCCUCCUCUUCAUCUUCCUCAUCUUCUACAAGCACAGAUACAGAUUGUUCAGCUACAGAAUCUGACGUCUGUCUUUCUGAUUCUCCUCAGUCACCUUCAAAGAAAAGUGCACCUGGUUUAAAAGCUCUACUGUCACCAAAACAAAAAUGCAAACCAGAAAAGUCAAAAGAAGCACCAUCUAUAAAUUCCAAACCAAAACUUGGUGAAUUCACAGAGGAAUCUGAAGAUACUGUGACUGAUGUAACUCCUUUAUCAACUCCAGACAUCAGCCCUAUUCAAUCUUUUGAACUAGCUGCAUCAAAUGAUCAGAAAACAAAAGUAAAAAGGCAAGAAAAUGUGAGCCAGGAAGCAUUUGGAAAUUUUGAAGACUCAAAGUGUAAUACAAAAUAUCUGAAAUCAUCCAGAGUAGGGAAAGAAAAAAAUGGAUCCAGUCUCACCCCCAAAUCACUCUCAUUAGAAUCCAACUUGGACAACAGAUAUAAACAAAAAGUCUUACAUGAUACACUGGACCUGAAUCAGCUUUUAAAAGCUUUCCUGCAGUUAGACAAAAAAGAACAGCAAAAAUUUACUGUUGAUCGACCUUCUCCAGCACCUAAGAAAAACUAUUCUUUUACAAAGGAGGAAGUAAGACAGAUUGAUCGGGAAAAUCAAAGGUUGUUAAAAGAACUCUCCAAACAAGCUGAAAAGCCAAGAGCUAAAAGUACCAUUCCUAGGAAACCUGUUGUUCCACCACCAAAGUUGUACCACAGUGCUCUCAACAGACAGAAAGAACAGCAAAGGAUUGAGAGAGAGAACUUGGCUUUAUUGAAAAGACUUGAAGCCGUGAAGCCAACAGUUGGUAUGAAACGCACAGAACAACUGAUGGACUAUCAUCGCCAUAUGGGCUACUUAAAUGCAUCCCCAGUCUCUAGACGAGUGAGGUCUACUCUUAGUCAAAUUAGUCCACUGAGAGGAGCUUCCAGGUCCUCUAGUGCUACAAGUGCACUCAGCCGGAAGAGUGAAAGAUCACUUUCUGAUGCAUCCAGUGGCCCUCUACUGAGACCUAAACCCCCUAAUGUUCGUACUGCUUGGUUAUAAGAAAAAAAAACUUAUUUUGAACAUUGUUAUUCAGAUUUCUAUUGAAGUGCUCUUGUAGAUUACUGUAAUUCUCUGUGCAAAAGUCUGUAAUCCUAUUUUAAGUGAUUAAAGUAUACAGCAUUGUAUUUUAAUUUAUUGUAACUUGAUGCAAUAUUUACUUUCCAAAGGACAGUUUCAUGUCAAAUCAGUGUUUCCUGUGUGGAUAUAUUUAUCUGAGAUGUGUAUACAUAUACACACACACAUAUAUUUAAUACAGGGAUGGUAGUAUACAUGUAAAUUUUCUCACCCAAUUCACAGAACUCAUUGUCAUGCUGACAGAAUGGUGGUAUUGCAAUACUUUGGAUCCAGGAUUUUUAGCUAAUUUAGUUCUCAUUUUUUUUCCCAUUAAAUUUUAAACCAUGAGCUUAGCUCCUAAAUUUACUUAUUCUAUUUUUCUGCGUGCUUCAGGACUUAUUUAUGCCUUGAAUUUAUAAUUGCAGCACUUUCUAGGUGAUGGGUUUUUAUUAAGAAAUAUAUACUGAAAUUUUCUUUCUUUCUUUUUUUUUUCUCAGAUGGAGCUGUUAAGUCGGUCUGAGAAUUGUAGGGUAGAAUGAUAGAAGCUUACAGUGGGACCAUCCUAAUAAUCAACUUGAUUCUCUUUAGGUGCCCUGAGUUAGAUACCAAAACUUUGAUCUAUUCCCCUUUCCUCUGAACUAUGAACAAACAUCAGAGAAUACAGAGUGUAAAAUUCUUCUUCCACAUUUUUGCACCAUUUCCAGUUGAGUAGCAGUAUUGCUAAUGAGUGAAUGAGGGAAAGUUUGGAAUUCGAUUCUGCUGCUUUGUGGCACUUUUUAAAGGCCAAAUUGGCAACAACAUUAGUCUUAUGUAACAAGCCUUGAAGCAAGUAUUUUUUGAUUCGGAAAAAAAUGGCACUGAUAUUAUGAAAGACUAAGGAGCAGAUCCUGAGGCAUCAGAACAAUCUAUUUUAGGAGGUAACAUUAUUAGUCGCUUAUGUUUUUAUUUAUUAUUAAUUGAAUUAAGGAAGAACUUGGUAAAGGACUCUACAUUUAUAGUAGCCCUUGAUGUUGCUGCUAGUACUUUAUAGGGCUAAAAGUGCUAUAAAACAAAUACUAGAUAUAGUCAUCACUUGUUCUUAAAUGUUAGUGCUCCUUUUUGGGGGGGAGGGGGUAGGGAGGAGACCAUACCCUGGAGUUGUAAUUUUUGCCAAGUUUUUAAAUGCAGGUUGUCUUAACAUUGUUAGUGGAAAGUGGGUUUUGAUAUAGGUAUAGGUAAUAAAAGGUAGGUUAUAAUUAGAAAGUUUUUCUGUUUAAUUUGUAAUGCUGCUGUUAUCAUUAUUCUAUUUCUCUAUUUGCCUUCUCAGCCUCCUUGCAAAAUGUUUGGGAGGAUUCUAUGUUAAAUGCCAAAUCUUUUUAUGAGAGAGUUGUGAUCCAUGGCCACAAAAAUAAGGAAGUUGAUUUUUAUUCUCUUACAUUAGCUGUGUUUUGAAAUGUACUACAUAUGGUCAACAAGACAAGUUAAUUUCUUAAAAACUCUAGGCAGUAAGACAAACUAUGUUGUGUUAAACAUUGAUUCUAAAUAUUCUGACUUAUGUAUCAAUUCAUAUUCCUAGCAUCUAUUAAGAAUUUGUUUAGGCUUUGUGGAGAGGGAAAGGGUGGUGGGGGUGGGUUCAGGGUUUAAACAGUGAUAUGAAGACAAACUGGCUCUGAGAUUAUCCUGCUUCUUUCAUCGGGGAUAUAAUGUUCAUUGGAUGCUGCUACCAUAAUUAUUUAAUGUACUGCUCUGGUGAUCAAACUAUUUUGCCAUUUAAUACUUUGCUUAUAAAAUGAGAUACAGCUGUAUUUAAUACUAAUAUCACAUUUUAAUUUUGCACUUUUAAUGUUUGUAAUUCCAACUUUUUGGGGGGGGGGCGAAUAAGAUAGGCUGAAUUUUUACAGCAUGUUGUACAUUCAGUGAUUAAAAAUUGUCAGUUUUUGUAUUUUGCUUUUGUAAGUUGUAAGGGGAAGGGGAAUUUAAUAUAAAGUCUAUUAUGUUCAGAACUA